AUGAGUGAACCAAAGUUCAGUACACAUUUAACCAAAACAUACCCUGAUGCUGACAACACAGAAGUUACAUUUCACAAGAUUGAAGCUGCCGAUACAAUCAUACUAAACGUCUUGACAAAUGGAAUAGCCGAUACCACAUUCGAGUUACCAUUGAAUUCCCAGCAUUCCAUCAAUAUACUCUCCAACCUUUCCAAUUUCGAGGAUGACGAAGAAAAAAUGGGCAUAGAGCCAAGAGUUAUCGUGGGAGAUCACAACAAUCUCAAGAUCCAAGUGGUGGCAUCACAAAUAGGAAAACUUCUUCUUCUGAAUAUGUCAGAGCCGAAGAGUGUAAUAUUGUCGAUUGGUUCCAGAUGGUUUGGGAAAAGCACCGAAACGAAUGAUGAAGACUUCAAAAAGCUCAUGUUUGUACUUACAAGCGUCAACGAAUUAUUGGCCCAAAGCAAAGCACAAUGA